AUGAGGACGGUCCUCUUACAUGGCCGCCAAUGCCUCCGCCCGCACCUCCGCGCCGGCCAGCCCGCCGCCGCCGUGAGCUCCGCCUUCGCAAGAUCUGGCAUCCGCCAAUCCGCACGCACUCCCUUCUCCUCCCGGCCGACGGGCAGAACAUACAGCUCCUUGGCUCGCGCGCCUCCGCACUCGCGCUUCGGUGGCCGCACUUUGCUCUUCGCCAGCGCCGCACUCAGCCCCGGCGCCUUCGUCGCGCUGUCGCAGCAGAGCAAUGACGAGGAUGAGCGCACCGGCGAGCAGCUCAUGCUCGAGGCGUCGCGGGCGGAGCUGCGGAGCCAGGUGCCCAAGGUCAUUGAGAACUCCAAGGGCUUCCGCAAAGGUGUCUACUUCUUCUUCAACAAGUACAUCUGGGAGCCGCUGGCGACCGGCCUGCGCUUCGUACACCUGGUCGUCAUCUUCGUGCCCGUCAUCAUGACUGUGCCGGCCAUUUGGAUUGGGCAUAGGGUGGCCGAUCGGGACAACGAGAGACGCGGUACGCUGUGGUGGUAUGCAUUCCUGCUCGGCCAAUGGGCAGCGUCACGGACGGACAUUUUCCCUACCGAAUUGUGCAAGUACUUGUCGUCUCUCCAUUCCAACGCGCCGGCACAUUCCCUGCAUGAUACGAAACGCAUUGUAUCGAGGGCGUUUGACGGACGAAAGUUCGAGGACAUCUUCGAAGAGUUCGAUGAAAAGCCGCUUGGGGUUGGUGCCAUCGCUCAGGUCUACAAGGCCAAGCUCAAGCCGGAAAUCACGGCACCUGUCGCGUCGGAUGUCGAUGAGCCUCAAAACCUCCGACAGGUUCUGAAGAAGAAUGUCGGCGCGACGCUGAAGAGCACACCGCAUCGCAUCCCAUCGUCGUAUGUGGCCAUCAAGGUCCUACAUCCGCACAUAGAAAAGGUUGUCCGGAGAGAUCUGCGUAUAAUGAUGUUCUUUGCCAACGUAAUCAACGCGAUACCUACCAUGGAGUGGCUUUCGUUCCCGGAUGAAGUAAAACAGUUUUCCGAGAUGAUGCGACUGCAGCUAGACCUCAGGAUAGAAGGCGCAAACCUGACCAUUUUCCGCCGGAACUUCAAGGAGCGGACGACUGCGUGGUUCCCUUUCCCUUACAACGAGUACACGACACGGCAGGUGCUUGUCGAGGAGUUUGCCCACGGCAUUGCUCUUGAGGAUCUCCUGCAGAACGGUGGGGGCGUGUAUCGGAAGGAAAUUGCGGAUGAGGGGUUGAAUGCCUUCUUGCACAUGGUCUUGAUCGACAAUUUCAUCCACGCCGACCUGCAUCCCGGUAACAUCAUGGUCCGCUUCUACAAGCCGGAAACGCCAGACAUCCCCCACUUCAAGAUCAAGAAGACGCCCGAAGCCGUCAACAACUCAACCGACGUGACCGAGGAAGUGCUCCAGCGCCUGAGGCCACUCAAGGGCCAGCUGAAGGAGUGGAACUCGGAACUCCAGCAAAUCGACAAUGAAGGCUACCGCCCUCAACUCAUCUUCAUCGACACCGGCCUCGUUACCGAGCUGAACGAGAAGAACCGCGCCAACUUUUUGGACCUUUUCAAGGCAGUGGCCGAGUUCGACGGCUACAAGUCGGGCCAUUUGAUGGUUGAGAGGUGCAGGCAGCCAGAGGCCGUCCUUGACAAGGAAGUCUUUGCUUUGAAGAUGCAGCAUCUGGUGUUGGGUGUGAAGAGCCGCACUUUUGCUCUUGGCAACAUCAAGAUCGGUGACAUCUUGAACGAGGUGUUGACCAUGGUCAGGAAUCACCACGUCAGGCUUGAAGGUGACUUCGUCAACGUUGUUUUGAGCAUACUGCUGCUUGAGGGAAUUGGCAGGCAGUUGGAUCCGGACAUGGAUCUCUUCGCUGGGGCAUUGCCUAUCCUGCGUCAACUGGGCACUCAAGGCGGCAGAGGCAUGGUCCGCAAUGCGGACUUCUCCAUGCUCAAGGUUUGGGUUGGACUGGAAGCUCGCAGUUGGCUGCGGGCUUCGGUCGAAAGUGUGGAAGCAUGCGUGAAAUACGAUCUCCUCUCUCCUAACAUCUAA